AUGAUCGUGUGGAGAGCGGUCUUUCCUCCUCCUCCACCUCCAUUAGAGGACUCUCGCGGUGGGGGCCAGCGCCAUCUAGUCGAGCAGCUGUUGAACCACCUCGACGUGAAUGGAUACCGGACGAAGUUAUUAUCAACCCAGGAUGCGGCUAUCUUCGUCCCGGGACCUUUGAGGACGACGAUACUGGGCCUGGUUGAGCAGUACGACGUGCGGACAUCCUGUACCGCAGAUGUCCCGCCGGAGAAUGGGGGCACGGUCGUAAAGGACUUCAGAUUGUCAAUUUCUUCGGCUAAGCAAUAG